CCCUCGCCGCCCGGCUUGCUUCUAUCCUCCUCCGGUCCGCAGGGGAGGAGGUAAGCGCGCUGCGCCCGGGGCCUGCGCGGCGCAGAGGGAGGCGUUUCUCCUACUUCUCCCGGGUAAUUUGGAGAGAUUGUCUGUGCGCGCGCGCGUGAGUUUAAGGCGAAAAGGUGUAAGAUCCAGCGCCAAGCAGAGGGUCAGGGUCUUUGACGUUCCUCACCAGCUGCACAACCUCCCAGAACCAGUGUGAGUGCGGGUGACAGUGCGCGCGCGCACGGGCUGGCCGCGCUUGGUACGCUUGGUGGCCCGGGGCCCCAGGGCCCGGGGGCCCGCCUGGCGGCCUGGGAUUACCGUGACGUCACAUUGAGCCUCUGGCCACCUUGGACUGGGACGCCUCGGGAGCCGCACAGCCCCGCACCGCGCCUCACCUUGCCUCGCCACCGCGCGACUUUGGGAACCCGCAUCCUCUCCCUUCCCCUGCCCAUCCAUGGGCCCUUCUGUCUUCCGGACCACGCCGGCCGGAGGAGCGCCUUCUGGAGCGCAGAGCUCGGCAGCCGGGCUGCCCUCGGCUCUGCCUCCAGUCGCGCCAAGCAGGCGGAGGACGCGGCGCUGGGCACCGGAGGCCGUGUAAGGAACCGAGGCGGCGCGCCGCUGGAGGCUCACAACCGCCGGGCUGAGGCGGGAACUCUCAAGAGAAGAGGGAGGCGGGCCACGGACAGCCACCAUGUCCUUCCCGCACUUUGGACACCCGUAUGGCAACGCUCCCCAGUUUCUGGUGUCUGCAAGUUCCAGCGCCACUUGCUGCGAAUCUGCCCCGCGCUCCGUCCCAGACGUGGCCUCAGGCUCCACCCCGGCAGCCGCUCUCUGCUGCGCAUCCUACGAUGGUCGACUGCUGGGCAGUGCGCGGCCGGAGCUGGGCGCGGCCUUGGGCCUCUAUGGAGGCCCCUACGCGGCCGCUGCAGCUGCCCAGAGCUACCCCAGCUACCUGCCCUACAGCCCGGAGCCGCCCGCGCUGUACGGGGCGCUGAAUCCACAGUAUGAAUUUAAGGAGGCUGCAGGGAACUUCACACCCGGCCUGGCGCAACCAGGAGCCUAUUAUCCCUAUGAGCCCACUCUGGGGCAGUAUCAGUAUGACCGGUACGGAGCGGUGGAGUUGAGUGGCGCCGGGCGCCGGAAGAACGCCACCAGGGAGACCACUAGCACGCUCAAGGCCUGGCUCAAUGAGCACCGCAAGAACCCCUACCCCACCAAGGGCGAGAAGAUCAUGCUGGCCAUCAUCACCAAGAUGACCCUCACUCAGGUGUCCACCUGGUUCGCCAACGCACGCCGGCGCCUCAAGAAGGAGAACAAGAUGACCUGGGUGCCCAAGAACAAAGGUGGGGAGGAGAGGAAGGUGGAGGGCGGAGCAGAGGAACCACUGGGCUGCCUCAACAGUGACACCAAAGACGUUACUGCUAGCCAAGAGGUUCGCAGGCUCCGGCUGAGUGACCUGGACGACCUGGAGGAAGAGGAGGAGGAAGAGGAGGCCGAAGAAGAGGAGGCAGUGGCCACAGCUGCGGACAGGCUGGCGGAGUUCCAUAAGGACACGCAGUCGCUGCCAGCGCCCUGCGCUGCUGCUCGAGAGGCCUGGCCGGAGCGCAGGGAGUGCGGCCUGGGGGCGCCCCGCUUCUCAUUCCAUGAGCCCCUGCGGUCGGGAGAAGCUGACUUUCUCCGGGCGGAGCCAGGGGGCCACACAUUGACCAUGCACUAUCCAGGCAGCAGCGAGAAACCGCGCAUCUGGUCUCUGGCGCACACUGCAGCAGCCGGCACCGUCGAAGGUGCCCCUCCAACCCCGCCCAGGCCACGAAGUCCUGAUUGCCAUCUGAUUCCCGGACAGCUUCCAGGCUCGGGCGCGCGACCUGCUGUCCCCAGAGACUCCGCGUGCGAAGAGCCUUCCCCAGUAGCCAAAGCCUUUGGAGACCCCACGUUUGCCCUGCAGGGCCUGCCGCUGAACUGUGUGCCGUGCCCGCGGCGGAGGGAGCCGGCAGUGCAGUGCCAGUACCUGUCCGGAGCGGAAGCAGGUUAGCGCAUUGGCUGCGAUUUGCGGAAGAAUCUUGGAAAUCUGCCCUACUUUGCCAAUUCACCUCCACACUAAGAAUCUGGGAGACCUCAUCAGGGACAGGGGGC